GCUCGCGGCUGAAUUUCGGCAGCUUCAUCCGGUGUUUAUUCACCUACGGAGUGGUAAUACUUAACAUUUUUUGUUACUGCAACAGGAAAAGUUUACUUGUUGAGUUUACUCGAACGUUAAGUGACAGAAGAGAAGUUUUUAUCCAGGUAGAAUAGAUUUUACUGCCUAAUAAUAACAUUAAUGUAACCGACAGCGAGUCGGCAGGAUGACAUGCGUGUUGAGUAUUGUCAAGUGAAUUUUCCUAACUUUAAAAAUGACAGCCAAUCCGCUUCACGCAAGAACAAAGUGGCUCAGGAGCAAAGUGUCCCCGCCUUGCAAUUAUAAACUUGUUCUAAAUGAAGACACGCCAAGAAAGGUGAGUCCAUCUGUUUACACCCAGGAGAUGUUAAAGUCUACAGAGGAGCGCCUGGCUAACAUCAACGAGGUGCACCCGCCCCGCAUCCUGGAACUGCUUGACAUGAGCAAGACUACGCAUCACAAAUUGUCCUUGGUGGAUAUGGAUCAGCCGCUUUUCCAGCCCUACCCAUCUGAGCUGGUCUUCCAGAACUUCACUCCUGGACAGACCUACAAGUUACCUCUACUUCUCCUCAACAAUGACAAGGUUUCACGACAAGUGAAGCUGGAGAUGCAGGACUCGGAGCAAUUCCAUGUGGUCGGUCCAGAGGAGGCAUGUACAAAGGUUGCACCAGGAAUGUCUGCUACUUUCGCUGUCUCCUUUACCCCGCAGGAGAACAAGGACUAUCACCACAGACUGGUUUUUGUGACAGAGAGAGAACGAUUUGAGGUCCCAAUCCAUGCCAUUGGGCCACGUGCCAUUCUUGACUUUCGUGACGAGCUCCAUUUACCCGUCUGUCUUGUGAAAGCCUCCACAGAGAGCACUACUCUAGUUCGCAACAUAGGAAACUGCAAGGCCAUGUUCCAGCUACACACACAGAGGCCUUUCUCAAUAACACCCUCCUGUGGAGCUCUUGAUGUAGGCGAGGGCAUGCAGGUGACUGUGGAAUUCAACCCCAUGACUGCAGGAGACUACAGUCAGGACCUGCUUCUGCAUUACCACACUGGUGAAGAUGUCUACAUCAGACUUUAUGGGACUUGUGAGGAACUGAACAUUCAUCUUGAACCAGACUCUGUCCUGUUAAAGAAGACCUACAUUUCCCUGGCCAACGUAAACACAGUGUGCCUCACCAACAGGGGUGAUAUCCCGCUUCAGUACUAUUGGACGACAUGGCCCAGCCUGCAAGAGGAGGCCCUGAGCUUAUUGAGGGAAAGCUCAGUGCUCCAGCAGAAGGAGGAAAAUGAGAGGGAACAGUUGCUUUUUCAGUGUGAGUCUGACCCGACAGCGAUCCAUCGCCUCCCGCUGCUGUCCAAAGCCCUGCAGGAACGCAGAAGCCAGGCUGUGAAGGGCUACCGCCUGGAGCUUCCACACAGCUGCAUAACUGUGGAACCAGCGCCAGGUUCCCUUGCCAGAGGGAGAAAGGAGACAGAAAAACAGAAGGAGAGGGAGGGUGAAAUAUGGCCCAAAAUGACAGCACGGUUCAUCGUUGUCUUCAAGCCAGAGGAGGCCAAACUGUACCAACAAACCAUAUAUUGUGAUGUCACAGGCCGUGAAUCUCGUUUACCUUUAACAAUAAAGGGUGAGGGCAUGGGACCUGAACUCCAGCUCAGCUAUAACCUGAUGAACAUGAAAAACAAAGUAUUCAUUGGUGCCAAAAGCUGUUACGAGGUGCUGGGGUCCAACAGAGGACUGAUUGAUGCCCCUUUCAGGCUGUCAAGCCCUGACACCCCUUUUGGCCGCUGUUUCUCCUUUAGUCCUGAGGAAGGUGUUAUUCCCUCUGGAGCCAGCCAGAUUGUGGGAGUCACCUUCCACAGUCGCAUCUUGGGAACUUUCUCUGAGGACCUGCUGCUAACUGUCACAGGACAGCCUCAACCACUAACCUUAACCUUCAGAGGUUGUGUCAUUGGUCCCACAUUCCACUUCAAUGUUUCAGAGUUUGAUUUUGGAGAUGUAGCCUUUGGUUUCCCGCUAACAUUGAUUUGUACCCUCUUCAACACCUCCCUGGUGCCUAUGACCUUUGCCCUGCGUGUCCCAGGAGACGGGUUGGGGUCUCCCAGUGUGACAUGUGCUAAACAGGUUUCCAGUGUGUCCAUGAACAACUGGCAAGGCAGUGCUGCUAGAGACCUUCAUGCGCGGCCUGUGGAGUUUACUGUCAGCCCUGUUGCAGGCUCUGUCGCUGAAAUGUCAGAUGUCACCAUUAAGGUGACGUUGUGCUCCAACACAGUCAGGACAUACAGGCUGGCACUGGUGGUGGAUGUUGAGGGUGUCGGGGAGGAGAUCACGACUCUGCCAAUCAUUGCCAGGUGUGUUGUUCCUGAUAUUGUGGUGGAGACUCCAGUGUUAGACUUUCAAAGGUGUUUCCUCAAUCACUCCUAUGAACAGCAAGUGCAGCUGAUCAACACCAGCACUCUGCCUGCCUGCUUCGUCGUGCUUGACCAGGAAUAUGAGGAAAGUCCGUCACUGAUUUUUGGCAGUUCUGUACCCAGAGGAGUGAUUCUUCCUCGCAGUUCAGAAGCAUUUCCCGUGUUUCUGCAGGCUAAGGCCGUUGGAAGGCUGCAUCACACUCUACGCAUUGCUGUGUUUGGCAGUGCCAAGCCACCCUUGGAGGUGGUCUUGUCAUGUAUUGGGCAGGGACCCGUAGUUCAUGUUCAGAGCCCACAACUGGACUUUGGCACAAUCCCGGUUCUGACGGACAUUACUAGAGCCCUGCACCUGUCAAACCAAUCACCUAUUCCAGCCCACUUUACUGCUCGCAUGAGCCACGGAAGGUCAUUUUGGCGUGUUGAGCCCAGUGAGGGGGAAGUGCCACCAGAGAGCCAGCUGGAGCUAAGGGUAGUGGCACACCUGAAGGACACGCUUCACUUCCAGGAACGGCUGGAAGUAUCCAUCCAAGACAGUCAAACACACACCGUCGCUCUGUCUGCCACAGGCACUGGUACCACAAUUGUCAGUGACCGACCUUUUGCUCCCAGCCUUGACCUAGGCACAUACUUCAGCCCUGGGUCAUGCCAGUACCACUUUAAGCUGACCAACCAUGGGCAGCGAAUUCACCGGAUGCACUGGCGAACUGAGGGCUUCCUGCCCUUCACAAAAACCCGCAAGGGCGAAAACCCAUCUGGCCGAACCUUCCUGCCCCCCAUCUCUGCUCCCGGGAAGACGGAUCUCGUGGGCCGCGGAUCUAUGCUCUCCUCUAGCAGAGAGAAGCCAGUGUUCAGCCUUAGCCCCUCUCAUGUGGAGCUUUUCCCAGGCUGCUCCGUUGACAUGGUGCUGACGGGAUCUUCUGACUUUCCCAAGGUUGUACAGGAGCAUCUGGUGUGCCAUGGCAUUGUGGGUCGCAAUGACGGCGGUAAUAAGCACAUCAUGUCUGUACAUAUAACCUGCCGAUUUGUGGCUCCUGUUCUCACCAUUUCUUCCAAGCAACUGAACUUCUACAUAGAGAAGGUCCCAGGAAAAAGUCUAGUGCCCCUGUAUGAGAAGCUGAUCUUGGAGAAUGUGUCAUCUUUGCCUCUAUCCCUGGAGCUCUCUCUGAUCGAGCCGUUCUCUCUGUGUGACGCCCCGGGAGCCCUCAGCUCUGCUACCACUAAGUCCAUGGUUUUAGGUGACGGGAGGCAGGUUAAGUUGUGGGUAUGCUUUAAUCCAUCUUACUGUCGAGAUCGGGUGUCACAAGUCGUGGAUGAGUUCCUUGAAGUACACUUCCAGGGACACCCACAGCAAGACAUGGUGAAGCUGCACGCUGAGGUCCACUUCCCCAACCUCCACUUCUCCUCCAACACAGUGGAUUUUGGCUGUGUGCUCAACUGCACAGAGACUCAUAGAGAAAUCUCGAUCACCAACUGCUCUCCGCUGCCUGUGUCCUACCACUGGGCUUUUUUGGAUGACCAGAAACACUGUACCAUCAGAGAGACACAGAUGCUGGAGGCAGAGGAGGAACAGAAAAAUACAGUAAAGGAGACUAAAGAAGGGUGGAGCUUCGCUCUAACGGCUUCUCCUGCCUAUUCAGUCGCUCUCAGCCCCAGGCCUGGUGCAGAUGAUAAGAGCAGCACACAGAGCCCUCCAUGUGUCGAAGAGGUGUUUGAUAUCUUGCCAAUAUAUGGUCAUCUGCAACCUGGGAACCAACAGCUGGUCAUAUUGUCUUUCUACGGCCAUAAAAAUGUCAGCAGAGAGGUGGUAGCCCAGUGCCAUGUAGAGGAGGGGCCUACGUACGAAAUCAAACUCAGAGGAGAAGCAUCAGUAAUCAGCUACAGCCUUGACUCUACCCACAUCGAUUUCGGUCUACAGCUGUUUGAUCAUAAAGGGGAAGCUGAGGUGACCCUGAGGAAUACUGGGAAGCUGGGCUUCAAAUUUAGCAUCCUACAGGAGGACGAUGAGGGGGCAGACGAGGAGACUGGGGUACAGAAGAUGGCCCUGGAUAUGGACAAGCAGCAGCCAGAUGCACGGCAGCAAAAAGACAAUGAGCAAAAUGAUAAAGGACAGGAAGUCAUACCUGGCCGGCCCAUGGUCAUACCCAGUAUGGGUUAUGUUGCUGGUGGUGCAGAGCAAUCUCUGCGUAUGCUCUACAUCCCAGGAAUCCCUGGGGUGUUUGAGAAGCGGCUUCAGCUGCGGGUGGCUUACCUGCCACCGCAGGACAUCACUCUGACUGGAGUGGGAGUGUUCCCAAGGAUCAGGCUGAACUUGCCACAAAACCUGUCAGAUGAGUGCUACUGUGAUGUGGUGAAGCAGGCCAGAACAGCUGUGGAGACAGAUAGAGUCAGCAAGGAGCUUAUGAAUGGAAUUACCACUGGUGGAGGAGCAACAGCAGAGACCAACUGCACACUCACCUAUGAAGAGCUGCUUCACAUGGAGAUCGAGAGAACGUUGGUCAAACAGAAUGCUCUCGCUGUGACCGGCAGCCUGCUGGAGCUCAGAGACUCGCAAGGUUCCUCCAGAAAGUGGCACAGACUUAGCAAAUUCCUGCUCCCCGAGUAUGUUUUGGAUUUUGGUUAUGUCAUUCCAGGCAAAGUCCUCAGUCACACUAUAAAUGUCACCAAUACCGGGUCAGUGGCCGUGUCCUUCCAUGCCAAUCGCAAAUCUCUAGCUGGCACAGGUUUCAGUGCAGAAUUUGAAAGAGUGAAAAACCUGCCCUGUGGCGAGACACAGACUUUCACAGUUAAAUUUGACCCCCAAGGAGCCAACCUGAAGAUGGGGGGCAUAAGUGUUGUCAUGCCAAUACAGGUCACAGGUGGUCCGAUGGUCCAGGUGCGGCUGUGUGGAGUGGUAACUGUGCCGGCCAUCUCUGUUUCCACGAAUACACUACAGUUUGACACUGUGCAGUGCGGCAUGUGUCAGGUCACAGGUGGUCCGAUGGUCCAGGUGCGGCUGUGUGGAGUGGUAACUGUGCCGGCCAUCUCUGUUUCCACGAAUACACUACAGUUUGACACUGUGCAGUGCGGCAUGUGUCAGGUGAAGACAAUACAGCUGUUCAAUCACGAGUCUGUGCCCUGCUACUGGAGCAUAGCCGAGGAGGUCAAGUCUUUCAAAAAGGUAGAUAAGUUUCUGCCUGUCUACCAGCGUAAAAAGGUCAUGCAGGAUUGGCGACCACCUCCAGUGGUUUUUGAGAUUAUUCCCCGCUCUGGCACACUGUCCCCUGGUGAACAAGUCAACGUCCAGAUAAAGUUCAGCCCUGCUGAGGGGCAUGCUUACAGCAGGCAGCUAGUGGUCCGUGCGGCUGAGAGCACCCAGCAGGUGUUCAUUACAGCACAGGGGAAGGGUGAGGAGCCACAACUCGAGUUCUGCCCGUCUGCACUGGAGCUGGGGCCUUGCCUGCCUGUCAGCACUGAGGUUGAAGCUGAGGUCACUGUCAAAAACCCCUGCUCUUUCCCCAUUGAGUUCUACUCCCUGGAGUUCGACACACAGUAUCUGGAGGAAGAAAAGAUCCUCCGUCUGAUGCAGGGUUAUGAUGAGAACAACAUAUUACUGCUGCCACCCAGGGCCCCUGGAGAAAGUCUUCCCACAGAACUGCUCGACUACUACAAGGACUACUGCUCCCAGCUGAAAGCAGAGCUGAAGGCAGGCUCAGAUGAAAAAGAAGCUGGGACAGGUGACACACAUGAGGAAGAAGAGAGGUCCAGACAAAACAAUGCCAACCCACCAGACAGCUUGGCUUUUGCGCAUUCACUUGUUUUGGAGAUAACCAAAGGGGGAAGCAGUGGGAGACUGGGGCAGCUAGAGAUGACCCCCGUCUCCAGAGCAAUUGCCCGCCACAUGUGUGUUGACCUGUCACCUGAGGGUCUGGCUGCACGCAACCGCAGAGGCAUUGCUGUUAUUGUAUAUGGAGCCCCGCAGACAGAUAAGAGCAGCACAGCGGCUGCUCUCGCUCGUCACUACGGAGGUGCGUGUUUGAGUGUUGAUGCUGUGGUUACAGAUGUGCUGAUAAAUGGCGCAUCGCCUGUUAGCCUGACCGCAAGACGACUCUAUGACUGUGCUGCUGCGGAGUAUGCUGACAAGAAGGCUGAGGAGGCUGCUCAGUCCUUUGAAAAAAACAAAGAACCGGGACCUGCACCACAUCUUGAAUCCUCAGAUCCAGCUACAAAUUCAGCUGCAGCUUCACAUGACACUGUGGAAGUUCUUGCAAAACUCAGAGAGGACAGCUGCAGUAAAAAUGACUCCAAAGCUCCUCAGGAGACCAAAAACAAAGACUUCGCCCUUUGCCUGGGAGGAGAUGUGACCACAUUCAGAAAUCUCUUGCCCGAGCAGCUACUGGUUGAAAUUUUGGCGGAAAGAUUUCAGCUAAGCGAUUGUCACCGUGGCAUAGUGAUUGGCAGCCUGGAGUCUGUCUACACUCAGUCAGCAGCAAGCACGCUGCAAGUUGUUCUCAAGGCCCUUAAUAAUCGCAAACACAUCUAUGUAGUCAACUUGUCUGACUCCUACGCUGCCCUGAAGGCAAGGGAGACAGCACAGAGAGAAGCCCAGGAGGCUCUGCAGAAAGAGAAAGCUGACAGGGAGGAGCAGUGGUUACAGGAGCUCGAUGGGGAUGAGUAUGAUGCUCUGCCAGAAGAGGUGAAGGAACAUAUUGCCUUGAGACAUAGAGAGAAGCUCAGACUGCACAAACUCAGGGAGCUUGGGCGAAUAGUAAAAGUACACAAAGAACAGAGGAACCAGGAAGAGAUGAAGAGGCUGAGAGAAGAAGAAUUGAAGAAGAAGAGCAAAAAGCUGGCAAAAAAGGAUAAUAAAGAAGCAUCAAAGAAGAAGAGCUUGGUGGAGGGAAAGCAGUCAUCAGAUGCAUUGAAUGGGAGGAGGAUGUCUACCUGUAACAAGUCAAAAGAGUCACUAGUGGACGUAAAUAUAAAUGAAGGUGCCAACAUGUUGCAUCAAAACAAAGAGGCUGAUCAUUCACACAUAAGGACAGAAGAAGCCAAAGUUUUACAGGCAGAGUCUCCCCAACCUGAAGACAAGCUGGAGGGAGAAAUUUCCAGUGUGGAUGAGUUGCAGUCUCAGUUUAGUGAGUAUGAGCGGAUCCAGGAACAGGUCGAACACAUCCUGCAUCACUGGGACCGAGUCCAGGGCUUGUUACUGGUCCCGCUCCCCAGUGAAGAAUGUCCACCAGUGUCAGAGGAUGCUGCAACCGAGAAACAGACCCCUGUUGGCAAGAGGAGCAAGAAAGCCAGUACCAAGACAUUGUCUCCACUGCCCAGUCAGAUGGCAGCACCACCAGAAGCAGACAAGGCAGGAGACAAGGUGUAUCCACAAGACAUCCCUCACAUUGUGCUGAAUGUAACAGGGAAAGACUAUCCGAGUGCCACAGAACUGCUCAGCAGCAGCGUCCUGCCUCCACUGGAUGAAGUGUUGGAGGAUUUGGGGUUUGGACCUGGCGGCCCACCCAUCCUUCCUCCAACCACGUUCUCCAUGGUUCCUUUCCCCAAAACCAGAAAGCAAUCUAACAGUCAACUCACCUGUGACUGUUUCACCUUCCUGGUUCCCUCUGAGCUGGGCGAACGGCGUGAGGAGAAAAAAGAUUCAGAGGAAGAUUUACAAACAUCAGUUGUAAAGGUCAUGGUAGAGGCAGCAGCAACACCUUCCAAAAGUGGUGGCAAGGGCAGCACUAAGGAGAGUGCAGUAACAAAGGACAAGGAUAAAAAGGACGGAGACAGUCAGAGGAGCAGGAGACGAACUUCAGCCAAGACAAAAUCAAAGGACUCGGACCGGUCUCGCUCACCUCAGGUACACGUCUCCUCCAUGUCGGACUGCAUCGAACAGGACCAACACCAACACCAAAGGAAUUUGGAGCUGAAACGCAAGCAGAGCCUGACCAGAUUUCGCUGGGUUGUACCCCCCAACAGUGAAGUGGUUCUGAAGAUCUGGUUCUACUCAGACUCCCCAGGGAAGUUUGAACAGACUUUCAACUUUGAGCUACUGGGCACCAAGAGACACUACCAGCUCCCCUGCAGAGGACUUUGCACCUAUCCCUCCAUCUGCAAAGACUACAUGACUCUUUUUGCCCUCAGUAAGAAGGUGCCACAAAUGACAGAAGGGACCCAGAAGACUUAUGUUAUCACACCUGGAUACUUUGAGUUUGGACCAUUACUCUGUGGCAAGACCAGAGACAGAUACAAGGAAAAUAAGUACCCAGAGAACACAGAGAGACUGGUGAUUCAUAACAAUUCAGGUCUGGAGGCUGAGGUCCAAUUCAGUUUCCAGCAUGAUACCCAGGCCACCACAUAUCUGCUGUACCCCCCCACCAUGACUCUCAAACCUGACCAGAAACAGGAGUUGACAGUGUGGGCCUACCCAACAAAACUGGGACAAAUGAAGGACAGUGUUGUUUGCUAUAUCAAGGACAAUCCAGAGCUUGUCAUUAUAAACCUCUCCUGCUGGGGUGUUCGGCCAAUGCUGGAGCUGGAAAGCAAGCAUUUGCAUUUUGACAGGGUUUUGCUGCACAGGCAGGACAGCCGUAGUGUGAUGCUGCACAAUAAGACAGCUCUGCCGGUGUCCUGGAGACUGCAGGGUGCGGAGGAUUUGGGCGAUGAGUUCAGUGUGCCACAGGAUGAGGGCAUCAUCUCACCUAACUCCUCUAUCCCCCUGAGCUUGCACUUCAGGGCCAGGAAGCCACUCCACAUUAAGAAGAUCUUACGUCUGGAGGUAUCUGACGUGGCGAAGAUUCUAGGAAUCGUACACACCGAAAACAUACAGGUCACUGCUGAAGCCUAUGAUAUAGCUCUGGACAUCUCACCAGAUGGCUGUCUGGACUUUGGAACGAUCAAAGUCUUUGAAGAGGCCAAACUGUCUCUCAGGAUGAAAAACCAAGGAAAAUAUGAAAUAGCCUACAAGUUCACAUUUCAGCAGACCAACCCAACCCAGCCAAACCUAGACUCCAUUUUCACGGUGUCCCCCCAGAGUGGUACUCUAACACCCCACGAGAAGGCCACAACAGUGCAGAUCCUCUGCAGACCCAAAACAGAAGUCUUAAUUAGAGAGCAACCUGUCCUGCCUUGCCAGGUGAUUGAACCCAGCAUUGGGAGUGGAGGAGAAACCAUAGCAAUCUUAGCCAUCAAGGUUUCAGUCAAGUCUGUCUUCUCCAGGUACAAGAUCACACCUGCAUGUGACAUUAACUUUGGUCCACGGAUCUACGGCUCCAAGAAAAGCAAGAGCUUCACUAUUGAGAACAAUGGAGUCUUUGAGACACGUUUUACCAUCUGCCGCAUGAUCAUGGAUCCUGCUCCACCAGGGAGGCCAGGGGGUCCAGGUAAGAAGAUGCCACAAGAGAGUCAUUCAGGGAGACCCACUGCUGCCAGUUUCAAAGUGCGACGUGAGUCCUUCCAGAAAGACAUGAGUAUUACACAGAAUCGCCUCACCAUGGGGGUGUUCUCAGUGUCUCCCUGCACAGGAAGCCUGCAGCCAGGGUCUCAGCAGGUGGUGACAGUGGAUUGUGUAGCUGAACAGCUGGGCAACUGGAACCAGGGUUUGCUGAUUGACAUCAGUGACCGUGACCCCUCAGACCAGCCUGACGGCAUACCAUACAGACUGCUGGCUGAAGUCUGCAAACCAGGAAUAGCAUUAGACAUGGCCUCCAUCUUUGAGGAACACCAUCUGUGCUACAACAGCGGUCAGCUCUCCUCUGAGCAGUUUUGCCAUGCUGAAAGCAUUUAUGUCCAAGAUGAGAACAAGUUUAUUUUCAACAAAGUCCUAGUUGGGCGAAGCGCUAAGGCCCGCUUCAAACUCACCAACAACACUAAGGUGCCCUGCGUGCUCAGCUUGGCCAUCAAAUAUGUUGCUUCUAAGACAUCCCGUAACGUUGAGGCUUUUGAUUUGUCUGCUACAACACUGAGCAUUCCCAGCCAGUCACACUCAUUCGCUGUGGUCACCUUCACACCCCAGAUGAUGCAGCUCUACAGUGCUGUGUUUGAGGCUACAAUGGAAGGAACCAGCAGAAUGACCCCAACAUUCAAGAGCAAGGUGCUAGAAUUUGACCUAACAGGAGAGGGUACUCUGCCCAGCGUGUGUGUGGUGCGUCCACCUCUGAGGAACAGUGGAGGAAGCCCAUUGCUGCAGUUCAAACGAGUAUUGGUAGGGCGCAAACAUUCCCUGCCCCUGGUUCUGCUAAAUGAUGGAAAUGUUCCGGCUCAGGUCCAGAUUGACAUGCUGGAUAAACAUGGUGUGUUCACCCUCAAAGCUGCUCGUGGCAACACUUGUAGCACCAUUGACUCCACACAGCUUGAGGGCACAACAGAGCAUCGGUUGGUGCACAGAGCCAUCCUGAGUAUGAAUGUUAACGAGCAGGUGGAGUUUGAGGUCAACUUCUGCUCUUACGAGCCCCUGAGCAUCAAGGCCAAGAUGUCACUGCAAGUGGGGGACAACCAGUACAGCAAAACCAUAAUACGAGUGAGCGGAGAAGCUUACCAGGAAAUUGUCUCUCUUGACAACAUUGGCAGAUCAUUGCAGGAAAUGGAUCAGGAAGAUGAUGAAGGAGGUAAUUAUGAGGUGCUGAAUUUUGGUGACUGCCAUGUUGAUUGUCCCUACCAAGAGAGUUUUACCAUGACCAACCACAGCAGCAGCCAGGUGGUGAGGUUUGAAUGGCCUCCAGCUGGACCCCAUGUCUUCUUUUCACCACAGGUCGGACACCUUCAUGCUGGUUGUUCUAAGGAAGUGACUGUCACCUUUUGCUCCAGUCAACCAGUGACUUUGAGCAGCAUGCCAAUGAGAUGCAAAGUUUGUCAGGUGGAGUUCCAGCAGCCGGUAGAGGAGGUAGCUGACUGGGACGACCGGCAGAGGACAGUGCAGUGGCUGAGUUCUUCCAAGGAGGCUUCAGGAGAACCACAGCAGCCUGUGAAGAAUAAGGUGAUAAAGACAGAUCCUGAGCCCUGCUGCUCUGUGGUUGAGGGUUCGCUGUGGGAGCUGGAACUGUGUAUCAGCGCAGUUUGUGAUUAUGUUAAGUUCAGCUGCAACACCGACAUCAUCCACUUCAAAGACACACUUCUUUACCAAACCAGGAUCCAUCAGCUGCAGAUAGUUAAUAAUGGCGCUGUCAAACUGGAAUUCUCCUUCCAAGUCCUCAUGGAACCAAGCAACAACAUCGUCAACUAUGACCAAGGAGACAGCAGGUCAGCAGGAAUGUUAAUUGGAGCCUGUCCCGCCAGUGUGAUGCCGCUUCUGAUGGGGAAUCCUGAGCGUCCGCCCGUCAGCAUCGAGCCCAGUGUAGGGGCCAUAGAGCCCGGUGCAAAGCAGAAUUUCAGCAUUCGCUUUUCACCUCUGGAGGUGGCCAAUUUUCAAGGCAGGCUGUUCUGCAGGUUGCCAUUGUCGGUGUCCUUCACACCUUGCCGGAAGGGUUAUGUGAGCUUCAGAUUGGUUCUGAGGGUGAAGAGGAAGUCAGAGCCACUUGCACUCACAGUUAAGGCCAAUUGUUUCACCAUGAGCACUUCUGUUCAAGUUGAGAAGCCAGACGGAGGCCUCAGAGAGAUAAGCCCUAACCACCAAGACACUCUGGACUUUGGAAUGGUGGAGAUUUCUGAGCAAUCCACCUUUAAUUUCCUGGUGUCCAAUCUGGCCAAAUUCAGCUUGGAAGUGAACUUUGACCUAACAGGCCCCAGCGAGCUGCUGCAACACUUGGAUAUCAAACCGCAAAAUGCUACAAUUGACGUUGGGAAGAAGCUGCAUUCGUCACUCUUCUUUUGUGCCCGAAGCAUUUGUAACCUCCAGGACAUCAGACUGAGUAUCAAGAUAACGCACGGGCCAACAUUUACCUUUGCCAUUAAAGGCAGGGCUAUAGCACCCAGCCUUGAAUUCUCCUUCACCAAGUACAACUUUGGCAAGUGCUUCCUAUACUCUCCUGGCAUGGUGCCGACCUCCCAGACUUUAGUAAUCAGAAACAAAGGCGAAAAGGACAUCAGUGUCCAGUGUCUGUUCAACAACACCUCCUACCUAGAAAUUGACUUCCAACCAGAUAUUUUGUCCCCUGGGGCUGUGAUGGAGGUACCUAUUAACUUCUGUCCUCGUGAGGCAGGCCGUUACCAUGAAAAAUUCACCUUCAUCUUAAACAGCUGUGUCACAAAACUGGUGGACAUCCUGGGCCUAGGCAUCGAGAUGAAGCUGGAGGUGGAGGACCCUAAGCAGAGGAAAGUUAAACUGGGAUCUCUCAUGUUGGGUCAGAAGGUGAAAAAACAAGUGGUUCUGGUCAACCGCAGCCCUUUAGACCUUUCCUUUACUCUGGUGCUCAAUACAAACACACCACUGGACUCAAGGGAUUUGUCAUUCAGUCCAGCAGGUGACCUGAACCUAAAAGCCAGUGGUGGUUCAUGUAAUGUUGAGAUCCAGUUCACACCUCGUCAGCACAUACCUCCCUUCACUGCUGAGCUGCAGGCUGAGUUUGCGGGCCUGUUACACCCCCUGCUGACCAUUCAAGGCUGCUGUCAGCGUGUGGAGGUCCAACUGGACCAGGCCCACCUAGCCUUUGGAGCUGUUGUCCAGCGGUGCAAGGCCCGGAAGAAGAUUGUCAUGAUGAAUACUGGGGACAUUGGUGCCAGGUUCCAGUGGAAAACAGUUAAUUUUCCUCCAGAGUUGUCUAUCGCACCAGCUAAAGGCUAUAUCUGUCCAGGCAUGGAGGUCCCUUUUGAAGUGACUUUUGCCCCCAAAGAACUGAUUAAUGACACAAGAUAUGAGAACCUGUCGUGCUGUGUGGAAGGCUCUUCCUCACCUGUUACCCUCACUGUGACAGGCUCCUGCAUCGUAGCCUCCACUAGCAAAGAGGUGGUGAAUUUUGUUUGCCCAGUACGUGACUCUCACAUCCAGACCCUGCACGUGUUUAACCCCACAAGCCAGCACUGCAGCAUCAGACCUGUCAUAGAGGGCGAGCAGUGGAGCGCUGCACCCUCUGUGAUCCUUGAACCCCUCCAGAACAAGACAUAUGAGAUCACCUACCAACCACUGACCAUGACUGCUGAUGGAAAAAAACACACGGGAUCAGUCUUUUUCUCCUUCCCUGACGGGACAGGCAUGCUGUACUCCUUGCAGGGAACUGCUGAGCCUCCCAAGGCAGAGCAUGUCAUUGUACACGAACUGCCUGCCAAGACUCACCACACACAGUUGCUCCCUGUGCGCAAUUGGCUCUCCAAGCAGCAGCGGUUCCGUGUGCUGAUGGAGAUCCUGAAACCUGACAGGCCAGAUCCUACAGUGUCCCUAAAGGGUCUAGAAUACAUUGAUGUCCCUGCUUUGGCCAAGAGAGACUACAAGAUGUCUUUCUUUACAUACAGAGAGGGGCAGUACAACACAAAGGUUACGUUUUGUAAUGUGGUGUCCGGUGAGUACUUGUUCUACCUUGUCACCUUCAAGGCCACAUCUCCAGGAGUCCUGUCCACUAUAGAGCUGGUGACCGCUGUCCGUCAGGCGGCCUCAGCCACUGUACAGGUGGAAAACCCUCUGACCACAGCUACCUGCCUCACUACUGAGUGUAAAUGCCCUGACAUCAGCGCCCCACCUCAACACACUGUGCCAGGGCAGUCCAAGAGUUCUCUGACCAUAGAGUACCAGCCCCUGCGCACAGGUGAGACUACAGCCCGGCUGACUCUGAGCAGUAAUGAUCUGGGCUUCUUCCACUAUGAUCUGCUUCUCAGAGCUCUGCCCCCACCCCCAGAGAAAACUGUCUACUUCAACACUUCCCUGGGCAACAGUCACUCCGUGCUUGUUAAAUUCAUCAACUACUCCCGCAUUAAAACAGAGUACUCAUGCAAGACUGAUUGCCCGCACUUUAUUGUGGACAAGAGUGUUGGUGCUUCUCCAGGUUUCCAGGCAGGGUCAGAGGCCAGUGUGGAGGUUUGUUUCGAACCUCAUCAGCUGGGGGAAGUGAGAGGCCAGCUCAGACUGUCCUCAGGAAUCGGUGGCGAAUACAUCUUUCCCUUACAUGGGAUCUGCCUCCCCCCCAAAGCCCAGGGCCCGUUUAGCAUCAGGGCUGGUCGCAACAUCACUCUACCCUUUAAGAAUGUAUUCCUGCAGACCACAGCUUUCUCUUUUCAGGUGGACAAUCCCUGUUUUACUGUCAAAGGGGUGGACACCAUCCUCUCCAAAAAGACCCAAAACAUCCUGAUAUCCUUUGAGGCCCCUCCAGGAGGCUCUCCAGGACCAUGGUUUGGCAAGCUGACCAUCUCCAGCCAGUGCUCCGAAGGCCGCAGCACACCUUGUUCUUGGGUUUAUUACCUGAAGGGCCAAAGCCCUGAGUCAUCUUAGAGAGAUAUGUACACAUACACCUACACACAUGCGAUUGGCUGUGCAGACUCACACAAAAAGACACACAAACGAAAUAAAUGUGCACAGGCAACCACUUGGACACAAGCCUUCAUAGCUUUAGCUUAUUUUUAUGAUGCUUCAAAUUAUUUAUCCGAUGCAUGAACUCCAAUGUUAAUGCCAAAAAUACAAGAGGGUGUGUAUUUAUUUAUGUGCUUUAAAUAAUUAGUUGUCUCAAAUGUCUUCAUAAAUAUUGUAAUAAUUAACUGAAUAAAUCCUGCAGAAAAAAACCUG